AUGAUGGACCUUUUUGAGACCAACACUUAUCUUUUCAAUGAUUUGCGCUAUUUGGAAGACGGAGAUCAUGGACCAUUGCAGCACCUGGACAUGGCGGGGGUGUCUCCGCUUUACAACGGCAACGACAGCCCGCUAAAUGAGGAUAAUAUUCCAUCUGAGACCGGGGGAGAGAGCAGCGGGGAGGAGCACGUCCUCGCACCCCCGGGUCUCCGUUCGCACUGCGAGGGCCAGUGUCUCAUGUGGGCCUGCAAGAUCUGCAAGAGGAAGUCAGCGCCCACGGACAGACGCAAGGCGGCCACGUUGAGGGAGAGGAGGAGGCUGAAGAAGAUCAACGAGGCCUUCGAGGCGCUCAAGAGAAAGACGGUUGCCAACCCCAAUCAGAGGCUACCUAAAGUGGAGAUUUUACGCAGUGCCAUCAGCUACAUCGAGAGGCUGCAGGACUUGCUGCAGACUCUGGAUGAGCAAGAGAAAAUGCAAAAUGGAUCUUCACACAACUUUGACGCUAAAGGACACAGUGUGUCCGGUCACGACUACCAGUGGAAAAAGUCCUCGGAGUCCUGGCCGACCUCUGCUGAUCAUUCCACUGCAGCCAUUGUGAACCAGAGAGAAGUAAACGGUGAGAGUACAGGAUCCUCGAGCCUCCUGCGCCUGUCAUCCAUUGUGGACAGCAUCAACAACGACGAUAAAGCCAAAAUCAGCGAGGACAUCUCAGAAAACUGAAACAUCAA